GCGCUUCCAAAAAAAUCCGGCGAGGCCAUUGUUGCGCACCUUUAAAUGCCCUGCCUCGCUAGAAAAUCAGAAACCCUAGACGAGAAAGUGUUGAGGUUUUGCAGCCGCGCAGCUCUCUACCACCCAUCAGUCUCAGAUCUCAUCUCCCUCAGCGAAAAGCGAUGUCGAUUUCAGAGAUUGCUUGCACCUAUGCCGCCCUAAUCCUCCACGAUGAUGGCAUCCCCAUCACUGCUGAGAAGAUUGCAACAGUGGUGAAAUCUGCUAAUAUCACUGUUGAGUCUUACUGGCCUGGCUUGUUCGCCAAGCUCGCCGAGAAGAGGAACAUUGAAGACCUCAUCCUGAAUGUUGGCGCUGGUGGCGGCGGCGGUGCUGUUGCCGUUGCUGCUCCAGGUGCCGGUGGGGCUGCCCCAGCUGCCGCUGCUCCUGCAGUAGAGGAGAAGAAGGAAGAACCCAAGGAGGAGAGUGAUGACGAUAUGGGAUUCAGCUUGUUCGAUUAGGAGCUCCUUUCAGCAAAGAUGUAAUCCAUUCUUCUGUUUGAUGGUUUUUAGUACUUUGAGAUUAGUUACCGUAUCAAUCUAGUAGGGGGUGUCUUUCUUUUUGGCUUAUGAUAUGUAGUGCUAAUGGAGAAAUUGUUAAAAGGCUCCUGGUUUUCUGCCGAACGAGUCCUAUUUGUGAACAUCUUAUGUUUGAAUUUCUUGAUAUAAACGUAUGUUGCUCUUUUGAUCUUGAAAAAAUUGUUUGCGAUGGUUUUAUUUUC